AACCCGGACCGAAAUACGUUCGAUCUUUUCUCUCUAUGAUCCAGCGGCCGCAACAACCGAAACUCCCAAAACCUAGAGAGAGGGGAGAGAGAGAGAGAGAGAGAGAGAUCGCCGGAGUGCGAAACGACGAUCUGGAGCCCUAAAUCUAUCUUCCCGAAUCGUUAUGCAUGUAGUUGAGAAAUGACCAUGAUGGCAGAUACAGUGGUAGCUAUUGUUCAAUCAGGCGGCGAGUUUGUUACCAAAGAUGAUGGAACUAUGUCAUACACUGGUGGAGAAGCUCAUGCAGUUAGUAUCAAGCGUGACAUUCUCCUUGAUGAUCUACAGUCAGAAAUUGCGAAAAACAUGUUUAGCAUUGAACUUAGCACAAUGUCCAUCAAAUACUUCCUUCCAUUCAAUAAACGAACCCUUAUUACAGUAGCCAAUGACAAAGAUCUGGAGCGCAUGAUGGAGUUCCACGUGAAUUCUCUAACAAUAGACAUUUAUGUCCUAAAUAAGAAUGAUAACCGAGUAAUUAGGAACGCUGCUGCUGACUCGGGUACAUCCACGGUAGAGACUGCUGCCGCUGCUGACCGGAGUCAACCUAGGAGGCCAACUGCUGCUAAAAAUAAAAGAGCAACUAGAGAUAUGACUUCUGUUGCGGAUUCAAGCACGCCUAAGGGUGCUACCAGUGCAGUUGCAGACAACACUAGAAACCGGAGGCAAAGAACUACUGAUAGAGUUACUAUCAGGAUCGUUCCAGAUGAUCCAGGUCCACCAGUUGUCUCUACCUCUACAAUUGACAUUAAUAGACAGGAGAGGUUAGAACCUGAUGCUUUGGACAACGUUGACAUGAAUAGUGAAAUCAUGAAUAUUAUAAAUGAUGCAGUGCCCCUCUCUGCAACCAAUGGUGAUUAUAUUGUACCCCAGGAAUCAAGUGGCCCAUGGGACAGUAUUACUAUGGAUGUCGGGCAAGAAUUUGAGAAUGUGAGGACAUUUCGUGAUGAAUUAUGUAAAUAUGCAUUUGCCAAGGGUUUCAAAUACAGAUUCGUUAAGAAUGAACAUACUCGUGUAACUGCCAAAUGCAUUUCUGAGAACUGUUCAUGGAGAAUUCACGCAUCUCGAUCAUCUCGUAAGCAGAUGUUUCUGAUCAAGAAAAUGAAUAAUGUUCAUACAUGUGGUGUGCUAACUGGUGAAGCUACUCAACCUGGUCAACCUCGAGCAAAAAAGCAAUGGUUAGCAAGUAUUAUCAGAGAAAAAGUACUUGAGAAUCCUGGGACUAGGCCUAAAGAUAUAGCAAGAGACCUUUACAAUGAGUAUGGAAUUAGUUUGAGCUACUGCCAAGUUUGGCAUGCAAAAGAGACCGCCCAGAAAGAGAUUCACAUGUUGCAGGAAGAGGCAUGUAAUCAGUUGCCAUGGUUAUGUGAACAGAUUAUGAGCACUAACCCGGGCAGUGUUAGCAUGAUAACUUCAACAUUGGAUGCAAAGAUUCGUCGCUGUUUUAUCUCUCUUUAUGCCUCUUUACAUGGUUUUGAGCACGGUUGUCGCCCCCUUCUUUUUGUUGAAAAAAUAUGUUUGAAAAUAAAUAAUCAGUGGAAGGUGUUAGUUGCAGCUACACUUGAUGGAAACGAUGAGAUUUUUCCUGUCGCCUUUGCUAUUGUGGAGGAUGAGACUCCCGAUAGUUGGCAUUGGUUUCUAGUACAGUUGAAAUAUGCGAUAACAACAUAUCAUAAAAUUACAAUUGUGUCCACCCGACGAAAGGGCUUGGACGAUUUGUUGCCUAAGAUCUUUGUGGAUAGUUAUCACAGCUUCUCUCUCUCUCAUCUGAUUCAAGACUUGAAGGCAGAACUAAAGAAAGGUCCAUGGUCUGACCAAGUGAAGGAGGCAAUAAUCGAUAGUUUUAAAGGUGCUGCCCAAGCUUAUGUGAUCGAAGAUUUCAAUGCAUACAUAGAGAGAAUUAGUAACAUCUCAAAGGACGUUGCUACAUGGAUCAUGUCAACAAAGCCUGAGCAUUGGGCAAAUGCCAUUUUUCCAGGUGUACGCUAUGAUCAUCUUUCAUCAGAACUCUUAGAGCCGUUAUGUAAAUGGAUAUCAAUGAAAGACGAAGGUUCUGCAGUACAAAUAAUGCACGCUUUGCUAUCAAAAACAAUAGAAAUCAUACAAUCUCGUCAACAAGCUUCGAGCACAAUCGAUAGCACCUUGACUCCAACUUUGGAGAAAAAGUUGCAGAAAGAGACGUCAAAGUCAAAAACACUCAAUGUAGUAUGUUCAACUGAGACUAUGUUUGAGGUCCGAAGCACUACAGUUAAUGUCGUCAACAUUGGUAGUUGGGAAUGUACAUGCAAAAAGUGGCAAAUUACAGGAUUGCCAUGCUCACACGCUGUUUCGGUCUUCAAUCGGGUAGAUAAAUCUGCUUAUGAUUAUUGCUCGAGAUAUUUCAGGAAGGAAAGCUAUCUCAUGACUUAUUCAGAGCCUGUUAAUAAAUUACCAGAUGCUAAUGAGAUGAAGUUCUUUGUUCCUGCAUCUUCGUAUCCUCCGCCUACUAAUAGACCACCGGGGAGGCCAAAGAGAAAGAGAAUUAAUCCUUAUAAGACGAGUAUUAGGCCUCUUAAAUGCAGUAGAUGCAAAGUUGUUGGGCAUAACAAAGCAACCUGUGAAGCUCUUCUAUAGAUUUCUGUGGCGUAUCAGUUUGUAUUCAUGUUCUAAUGUUAUUUUGCUUUUUGAACUCUUUUCGAUCGCCUGUUGUAUGUGGCCUUACUUUAGUUCUCAUGUUGUAUACCCCAUGCUCUUUAGAAGCAGAUGCCCCAUCUUUCUAACUUUGUGAUCUCUUUGUUUAUUGAUUUUACUGUGGCAGAACAAAUAUUCAGGUGCGUUCCCUUGUUUGAGUA